CUCGGCCUUCCACCCCGACAGCGGCGAGAAGAUGAACCUCAUCGGGAGGAUGUCCUUCCAGGUGCCGGGGGGCAUGGCCCUCACCGGCUGCAUGCUCCAGUUCUAUCGGACGGUGCCUGCUGUGGUUUUCUGGCAGUGGGUGAACCAGUCCUUCAAUGCCAUCGUCAACUACACCAACCGCAACGCUGCCUCCCCCAUCUCCCUGAGGCAAAUAGGGGUGGCUUACAUCACGGCCACCAGUACGGCCCUGGCCACUGCGGUGGGACUCAACCUCUACACCAAGCGAGCACCCCCCUUGCUGGCCCGCUGGGUCCCCUUCGCAGCCGUGGCUGCUGCCAACUGUGUCAAUAUCCCCAUGAUGCGGCAACAGGAGAUCAUCAAUGGGGUGACAGUGACAGAUGGGGACAACAAUGAGCUCGGCUGCUCCAGG